AAGGGAACAAGAAUUGUUAUUGUUGUUGUAAGGCAAGUGAGCGUAGGUUGGAAGCAGAGAGAUGGAAGGUUGGGACCCGAAUACGAAGUCGACGCUGACACAGAUCCCUCUGCUGACGACGAAGGCGGGUCCACGAGACGGAGCGGCAUGGACGCAGAGGCUUAAGGAAGAGUACAAGGCUCUGAUAGCGUACACGCAGAUGAACAAGUCCAACGACAACGAUUGGUUCCGUAUCUCCGCCGCCAAUCCGGAAGGCACUCGCUGGACCGGUAAAUGCUGGUACGUUCACAACCUCCUCAAGUACGAAUUCGACCUCCAAUUCGAUGUCCCCGUCACUUACCCUUCCACCGCCCCCGAACUCGAACUCCCUCAAUUGGAUGGCAAAACCCAAAAGAUGUAUAGGGGUGGAAAGAUCUGCUUGACUGUGCACUUCAAGCCUCUCUGGGCCAAAAAUUGCCCCAGAUUUGGUAUUGCACAUGCACUUUGCUUAGGUCUUGCACCGUGGCUUGCAGCAGAGGUUCCCAUCCUCGUUGAUUCUGGUAUGAUCAAGCACAAAGAUGACACCGCAACCACAUCAACUGAAUCUUAGUUAGCAUGUCUUGCUAAAACUGUAGAAGUAUAAUUUUGUUACCUGAUUGGUCAAAGGAAAUAAAAUGAGCUGUUUGACCACAAAUUUACAGGAUCUUCCUUAUGUAUCCGCAGAUAUUGACAUACUCUGGCAAAUUAAUAUAUAUUGCAUAUGCAACAUGGCUGAUGAAUUAGUGAUUUUGAUCUAA